AAUGUUCAGAGACGCUGGGAAUUUUAGAAGCAGCUAGAAGAUGGUGGCUUGUGGACACCUUUUCUUCUUCUCAAGCUUCUUCUUAAUCUCUCAGGCUCUUGGAGCUUCUCAGUGCUCAAUACAGGAGGGAAGACGCGUCAAUUUGUUCUGCAAUUUGUAAAAUUUAGGAGCAUAGUCUUUUGUUCUUGGUGCAGGAUUGCCUCUGGUGAGGAACAUUAGUGAGCUUCCACAAGAUAACUAUGGAAGGGGAGGUUUAGCACACAUAACAGUUGCAGGUUCACUCUUGCAUGGGCUGAAAGAAGUUGAGGUAUGGCUUCAAACAUUUGCUCCAGGAUCUCACACACCAAUCCACAGGCACUCCUGUGAAGAAGUUUUUGUUGUCGUCAAGGGAAGUGGCACCCUCUAUCUUGCCUCAAAUUCACAUGGAAAGUACCCUGGAAAGCCAGAAGAGCACUUUGUCUUUGCAAAUAGCACAUUUCAUAUCCCUGUCAAUGACGCUCACCAGGUCUGGAAUACAAAUGAAUAUGAGGAUUUGCAAGUGCUAGUGAUAAUCUCACGCCCUCCUGUCAAAGUGUUCAUAUACGAGGACUGGUUUAUGCCUCACACCGCCGCAAAGCUGAAGUUCCCAUACUAUUGGGAUGAACAAUGCCUUCAACCUGCACCUCAGAAAGACGAACUUUGAUAUUCAAGCCGUUCCCUCCUCAUAUAGCCAACGGAAUCCGAUGGGAUUACUUAACAAUUUUCCCAUACGACAAUACUUGGAAGUGAAGAAUGCAAAGAUGGUUUGUAAGUCUAUCAUAACACUUCAUUAGUGGGAUUAAUUCUGCUUUAAAUAUCUUAAGCGCUCCAUUAUUUUGUGGUGAUGCCAACUCGUUGACUUCAUAGUAAAUGGGAUUAAAACUACAGAUUAGAGUUCUGACUUUUUGAGUUUUGUUAAUUUAUGCUGAUGGCCUUACCUCUCCCUCUCCUCGGCCUCCUGUCUUUGUCCCUCUUCCUCAUUCCCACCACCUCCGCCACCUCAGGGAUCCGCCUUGGGAUCAUCCGAAAGCCUUUUUCCCCCAUUGAUCCUCCCGUCUUUCGUGAAGCUCCCGCCUUUCGAAAUGGCCGAGUCUGUGGGUCUCAACCCAUGGAUAGAAUACACAUUGCCAUGACACUCGACGCCAAUUACCUUAGGGGCACUAUGGCUGCCGUUUUCUCCAUCCUUCAACACUCCACCUGCCCAGAAAACUUCGAGUUCCAUUUCCUAUGGGUUCGUUACGAGCCCGAUGUCUUAGCCAGCAUCAAAUCCACCUUUCCAUACCUCCAUUUCAAUGUAUUCCGCUUCGACUCCAACCGUGUUCGUGGCAAGAUAUCCAAAUCAAUCCGGCAAGCAUUGGACCAACCCUUGAAUUACGCUCGAAUUUACCUUGCUGACAUUCUUCCGCCACACGUAAAACGCAUCAUAUACUUAGAUUCCGACCUGGUCGUCGUGGAUGAUAUUGGAAAACUCUGGGAGGUUGACCUCGAAGGAAAGGUGCUGGCAGCGCCGGAAUACUGCCACGCCAACUUCACAAAGUAUUUCACAAAUUUGUUCUGGUCCGACCGAAAUCUGUCCAGCACAUUCGACGGAAGAAAACCAUGUUACUUCAACACCGGAGUCAUGGUCGUGGACAUUGAAAAAUGGCGGCAAGGUGGGUACACGCAGAAAGUAGAGGAAUGGAUGGCGGUUCAGAAACAGAGAAGGAUAUACCACUUGGGUUCUCUGCCGCCGUUUUUGCUGGUUUUGGGCGGGAACAUAAAGGCGGUUGAUCAUCGGUGGAACCAACAUGGUCUCGGCGGCGAUAACCUCGAAGGAAAGUGCCGGAGCCUCCACCCCGGCCCGAUAAGUUUGCUACAUUGGAGCGGGAAAGGGAAGCCCUGGCUGAGGCUGGAUUCCCGAAAGCCGUGUGUAGUUGAUCAUUUGUGGGCUCCCUAUGAUCUUUACCGUUCAUCAACCCAUUCGCUGGAAUAAUGAUGAGAAAAAAAAAAAAAGGAAUUUGUUU